AUGUCCACAAUCCACAGCGAGGUGUCCCCCGCACUGACCUGCAGUUACGGCGUCCACACGUCUGUCCUCACGUCUGUCCUCACGUCUGUCCUCACGUCUGUCCUCACGUCUGUCCUCACGUCUGUCCUCACGUCUGUACACACGUCUGUCCUCACGUCUGUCCUCACGUCUGUCCUCACGUCUGUCCUCACGUCUGUCCUCACGUCUGUCCACACUGUCCCACGUCUGUCCUCACGUCUGUCCUCACGUCUGUCCACACGUCUGUCCUCACGUCUGUCCUCACGUCUGUCCACACGUCUGUCCUCACGUCUGUCCUCACGUCUGUCCUCACGUCUGUCCUCACGUCUGUCCUCACGUCUGUCCUCACGUCUGUCCUCACGUCUGUCCUCACGUCUGUCCUCACGUCUGUCCUCACGUCUGUCCACACGUCUGUCCUCACGUCUGUCCUCACGUCUGUCCACACGUCUGUCCUCACGUCUGUCCUCACGUCUGUCCUCACGUCUGUCCUCACGUCUGUCCUCACGUCUGUCCUCACGUCUGUCCUCACGUCUGUCCACACGUCUGUCCUCACGUCUGUCCUCACGUCUGUCCUCACGUCUGUCCUCACGUCUGUCCACACGUCUGUCCUCACGUCUGUCCUCACGUCUGUCCUCACGUCUGUCCACACGUCUGUCCUCACGUCUGUCCUCACGUCUGUCCUCACGUCUGUCCUCACGUCUGUCCUCACGUCUGUCCUCACGUCUGUCCUCACGUCUGUCUGUCCUCACGUCUGUCCACACGUCUGUCCUCACGUCUGUCCUCACGUCUGUCUGUCCUCACGUCUGUCUGUCCUCACGUCUGUCCACACGUCUGUCCUCACGUCUGUCCUCACGUCUGUCUGUCCUCACGUCUGUCCUCACGUCUGUCCACACGUCUGUCCUCACGUCUGUCCUCACGUCUGUCCUCACGUCUGUCUGUCCUCACGUCUGUCCUCACGUCUGUCCUCACGUCUGUCCACACGUCUGUCCUCACGUCUGUCCUCACGUCUGUCCUCACGUCUGUCCUCACGUCUGUCCACACGUCUGUCCUCACGUCUGUACACACGUCUGUCCUCACGUCUGUCCUCACGUCUGUCCACACGUCUGUCCUCACGUCUGUCCUCACGUCUGUCCUCACGUCUGUCCUCACGUCUGUCCUCACGUCUGUCCUCACGUCUGUCCACACGUCUGUCCUCACGUCUGUACACACGUCUGUCCUCACGUCUGUCCUCACGUCUGUCUGUCCUCACGUCUGUCCACACGUCUGUCCUCACGUCUGUCCUCACGUCUGUCCACACGUCUGUCCUCACGUCUGUACACACGUCUGUCCUCACGUCUGUCCUCACGUCUGUCCACACGUCUGUCCUCACGUCUGUCCUCACGUCUGUCCUCACGUCUGUCCUCACGUCUGUCCUCACGUCUGUCCACACGUCUGUCCUCACGUCUGUACACACGUCUGUCCUCACGUCUGUCCACACGUCUGUCCUCACGUCUGUCUGUCCUCACGUCUGUCCACACGUCUGUCCUCACGUCUGUCCUCACGUCUGUCCUCACGUCUGUCUGUCCUCACGUCUGUCCACACGUCUGUCCUCACGUCUGUCCUCACGUCUGUCCUCACGUCUGUCUGUCCUCACGUCUGUCCUCACGUCUGUCCUCACGUCUGUCCACACGUCUGUCCUCACGUCUGUACACACGUCUGUCCUCACGUCUGUCCUCACGUCUGUCUGUCCUCACGUCUGUCCUCACGUCUGUCCUCACGUCUGUCCACACGUCUGUCCUCACGUCUGUCCUCACGUCUGUCCUCACGUCUGUCCUCACGUCUGUCCUCACGUCUGUCCACACGUCUGUCCUCACGUCUGUACACACGUCUGUCCUCACGUCUGUCCUCACGUCUGUCCACACGUCUGUCCUCACGUCUGUCCUCACGUCUGUCCUCACGUCUGUCCUCACGUCUGUCCUCACGUCUGUCCUCACGUCUGUCCACAAACGUCUGUCCUCACGUCUGUACACACGUCUGUCCUCACGUCUGUCCUCACGUCUGUCUGUCCUCACGUCUGUCCACACGUCUGUCCUCACGUCUGUCCUCACGUCUGUCCACACGUCUGUCCUCACGUCUGUACACACGUCUGUCCUCACGUCUGUCCUCACGUCUGUCCACACGUCUGUCCUCACGUCUGUCCUCACGUCUGUCCUCACGUCUGUCCUCACGUCUGUCCUCACGUCUGUCCACACGUCUGUCCUCACGUCUGUACACACGUCUGUCCUCACGUCUGUCCACACGUCUGUCCUCACGUCUGUCUGUCCUCACGUCUGUCCACACGUCUGUCCUCACGUCUGUCCUCACGUCUGUCCUCACGUCUGUCUGUCCUCACGUCUGUCCACACGUCUGUCCUCACGUCUGUCCUCACGUCUGUCCUCACGUCUGUCCUCACGUCUGUCCUCACGUCUGUCCUCACGUCUGUCCACACGUCUGUCCUCACGUCUGUCCUCACGUCUGUCCUCACGUCUGUCCUCACGUCUGUACACACGUCUGUCCUCACGUCUGUCCUCACGUCUGUCUGUCCUCACGUCUGUCCACACGUCUGUCCACACGUCUGUCCUCACGUCUGUCCUCACGUCUGUCCUCACGUCUGUCCUCACGUCUGUCCUCACGUCUGUCCACACGUCUGUCCUCACGUCUGUCCUCACGUCUGUCUGUCCUCACGUCUGUCCUCACGUCUGUCCACACGUCUGUCCUCACGUCUGUCCUCACGUCUGUCCUCACGUCUGUCCACACGUCUGUCCUCACGUCUGUCCUCACGUCUGUCCUCACGUCUGUCCUCACGUCUGUCCUCACGUCUGUCCACACGUCUGUCCACACGUCUGUCCUCACGUCUGUCCUCACGUCUGUCCUCACGUCUGUCCACACGUCUGUCCUCACGUCUGUACACACGUCUGUCCUCACGUCUGUCCUCACGUCUGUCCUCACGUCUGUCCACACGUCUGUCCACACGUCUGUCCUCACGUCUGUCCUCACGUCUGUCCUCACGUCUGUCCUCACGUCUGUCCUCACGUCUGUCCUCACGUCUGUCCACACGUCUGUCCUCACGUCUGUCCUCACGUCUGUCCUCACGUCUGUCCUCACGUCUGUCCUCACGUCUGUCCUCACGUCUGUCCUCACGUCUGUCCUCACGUCUGUCCACACGUCUGUCCUCACGUCUGUCCUCACGUCUGUCCUCACGUCUGUCCUCACGUCUGUCCACACGUCUGUCCUCACGUCUGUCCUCACGUCUGUCCUCACGUCUGUCCUCACGUCUGUCCACACGUCUGUCCUCACGUCUGUCCUCACGUCUGUCCUCACGUUCUUCUCUGA